AUGGGUUUGGAGGGAAACAAACAGACGACCUUGAGCAAUGAUCAGAAGAACACUACAGAAAAGAAAUCAAACCCUAAACUAACGUUACUACCUCUAAUCGCCCUAAUUUUCUACGAAGUUUCCGGGGGUCCAUUUGGUGUAGAAGAUUCAGUCAAAUCCGGAGGCGGAGCUCUACUUUCAUUACUAGGGUUCUUAAUUUUCCCCAUUUUCUGGAGCAUCCCAGAAGCAUUAAUCACAGCCGAACUCGCUACAAGCUUCCCGGAAAACGGCGGUUAUGUCAUCUGGAUAUCAUCGGCGUUCGGCCCUUUUUGGGGUUUCCAAGAAGGGUUUUGGAAAUGGUUUAGUGGAGUUAUGGAUAACGCACUUUACCCUGUAUUAUUUCUCGAUUACUUAAAGCAAUCACUCCCAAUCUUCGAUCAAUUAUACGCUAGAAUUCCAACCCUUUUAGCAAUUACUAUCUUAUUAACUUAUCUGAACUACAGAGGUCUUCAUAUCGUCGGAUUUUCUGCUGUUCUUCUUGCUUCUUUCUCUCUCCUUCCAUUUGCAGUCAUGGUAUUCUUUCAAUCCCAAAAUCCGGCCUAA